AUGGAUCAUGUGGCGGGACAAGAGCAGCAACAGCGGCCACUCUUUGGGGGGGCUUUUUCUGCCUUCCUUCCCCCCGGAAGCCUGGAUGUCAGUGAGUUGCGCCAGGUGCCAGACAACCAAGAAGUGUUUGUCCACCCCAGCACAGAUCAGAGCAUCAUUAUGGAACUGUUGGAAUAUCAAGCAGGGGUGCCCGACGAAACCGCCGUCAGAUAUCACUUUGAGGAUGUGGUUGGCACCUCUGGCAGUGCUGAGGUUUUGAGCCAGGAGUCUCUGGCGCCUCAUCUCCUAGCUCUGGAAGGCUGUAGCAGUGCCUGGCACCUGACCGCUUGCCAGCUGGUAGCGAAAUUCGAUGAAGAGGCCAAAAACGAGGUGAGACUCCAUCUGGCGUUGCUUCGCCUGCCCCAGUACGGGACAGACGUGCUCCUGACCUUCAAUGACCCCACCCGUAUUCACCCCCUAAGCAGUAGUGCGGCCCGAGGAUCUGAGGUCCCGGCUCCUUCCCUGCCUCCGUGGACGGUGGAGCACUUCCACACCUUUGUACGUGGCCUGCGGCUUCUUGACCCCGGCAUCUUUGGCUAG